CCCCAUCUUCACGAUCACCCUCCCUCAAGCCUCUUCGCUAGGCUGCACGACACCAUCACGAGCCUCUUCUGCGCGCACACAUCCACCCUCGCCUCCCACUUGCGCGCUUGAGAGCGCAUACCUACCUACCUACCCUCCACGACGCACGACUCACGAAAUAGGCGGAGAUGAGGCGUCUGUUUGGGCGCCUCACCGGCGGCGGCCCACAGUCUCCCAAUCCCAAAGGCAGCUCCGAUGGCGUGUACGCGGGCAACGAGAAGCAGAGCGGGAGCGGAAGCGCAGCAUCGGGAGACAAAGUGCGAGCGCUAGCUGCCAAGUUUGAAGCGCAGAGCAGCAGCUACAGCGACUUGACUGGCGACACUACGCGGAUCAAAAGGUACAGGAGCUCGGCGCCCCCUGUGGAUGCCAGCAUCAUCGACGACUUGCCCCGACAUCCUCUCGCCCCAAGCGAGCAUACGCAUACGGACACCACUUCAUCGCCCGUGGGCAGAUCCGGUUCGCAUGGCCCUCUGAGCACGCCUUAUGCGUUUCAAGCCCCGGCUCCAGCCUCCGAGCCAGUCGAGCCUCUCGCCAGACCCCGCAGCGGAGCAGGUAUCAAGUCGGAAAGCGAGAAAAGCAGCAGCAGAGAAGCGAGUGGGUCCAGUGGUCAAGCUGCAUCCUCUUUAACAGGCCCAGGCCCAGCAAACCAUUCUCUCGGAGCGGCUGUCAAGACUGUAGCUUUCGCACCUUCCCCAAUCAAGAAAGCAAGACCUUCUUCGCCUUCCGCAUUGACCGACGAGCCUUUACCCGUUCAAGCGUCUUCGUCAUCAGCAGCAGGCUUUGCCAGACCUACAUUGGCCAGCGCUGCUCGAGCUAGGAGCUACUCCAAACCUUCCUCUGCUGCCGGUGUCAAUGAGUUUGGCGUGCCCAACAUGUCCUCUUCCGGGCUGGCAGCACACUCGCUACCCCGCGAUGGAGCAGGGGACCUGUUCGCAGGGGCAAAACGCACCAAUUACUCGCUGCCCAUCGCCUCUGGAAUAAAGAAUCGACGAAGUCAAUCGAGUCACGGGACGGGCUCCGCCAAUCUGAGUCGCAGAGGCUCGCUGGGUGCAAAUACGAAUGGAGGGUCUGCUGACGGUGCAACGAGCGGCAUUCCCAGCAGUAUUUCCGCGCCCUACCCUUCGGGCUUGCCGGCCGACGUCGCAACAGCUCUCGAGGGCGGCGUUCCGAGACUGGUUCAGACGAGCAGCAGCACAGACGAUGAGCAGCGCGCCGAUUCCCUCCUUUUCACAACCUCCAGAGAAGGUGGUAAUGCUCAGCCAAGGUCGGUCAGUCCUUCCAGCUUCGUAUCUGCCCAAUCUUCUGCGCAUGGUUCCAAGGCUGGCGGAUCGCUCGACACUAGGCGAUUGAGCACAAGCACAGCGGCGGGUGCUCACAUGAUCCGCAGCGCAAGUCAGGGUAAUGUGACUUGGUCAGCUGCUAGUGCGGCGACUGGAAGCGCACCGAGCUGGAGUCAAAUGACACAAAGGGAUCUGGUAGAUAAUCUGGGACCUCGGGAAAGGACACGCCAAGAGGUGCUGUGGGAAAUUGUAGCAAGCGAGGAGAGAUACGUCAACGAGCUGGAAAAGGCCAAAGACUUGUAUCUCGACGCGUUACUGCAUCCUCUGCGUUAUCGUUCCAAUCCCACCUCUCCUCAGAUGACCACCACCUCCAGCUGGCCAAAUACUUCCGACUCCCCUGCAAGUCGCAGCAGGCACACUUUGCACCCCAUCGACACUUCCAGCAGCGCAGAAUUGCCCAUCGCUUCGCGCUACAUGUCUCCGCUAUCUGCCACAAACACUCGCACAGGCUCAGAGGGGCACGCGCAGAGCUCUUUGUCUGGCAAGAAAGUCUCGUCCGACGCUCAGAGUAGCGGCGGUGCUACGUCGGGGGCUCAGAGCAGAGCGCCUAGCAUAGCUGCUGCUACCACAGCUGCACCACCGCGGCCUCCAAGGAGUAGCAUCGCGCGUGGGCCGGGCAUCGGAGCGCCGCGAACGUCCACGCGAGGCGCCUCGGGUGCGACGUCAAGGGACGCGUCGGCGACGUCUUCACCUCAAAUGGGUAGCGUGGCAUUGAACGUCAAGCAGCCACGCAAAUCAUCACGAAAGGCAAAUAGUCAGGCUAUACAGAAUCCCGUCUCUUCUCAGACUGGAUACACCAACUUGGACGGCUCUGCCUUAUCCGUUCCUUUGCCCAAGUCUCUCAGAGCGGUGCUGGAAGCUCUGAAUGAUGGCCUCUUGGAGGGUCACACGUUGCUCUCUGAGGCUUUGCGCGUCAGAUACGAAGAGCAGUGGCCGCUGGUCCGUAGCUUGGCGGACGUGUUCACGAGGUACGACUACAUUUUGAAGCAUUACAAGAGCUACGUCAUCCAUUUGGAAAGGGCCUUGGAAGAGCUAGAAGAAGCGGGCUUGAUGGAAAGAGCUAUGAGAGGCAAACGGAUCAAGAGGGAGAGAUUGACGCAGACCGUGGGACUUGGCAGAGCUGUUGCGUCGCUCGAGACGAGCGCUGCCGAGAGGGGCGAGUGCGGUCUUUCAAUUUUUAUCUCGAUGCCUUUUCAAAGACUGCUCAAGUACCCUCUGCUCUUUCAAAACCUCCUCUACCACACCGACCCGUCCACUUUCGAGUUCGAAAACACGGUGGCCAUGGUGGUGGAUGUGGAAGGCUUGGUCAGGUCCAUCGAGAGUGCAAAGGUGUCUAGCGAAGAGAGGGACAAGGCGUACGACGCAUUUGCUCGCAUAGAUGGAAUUUUGGAUAAAGCUGUGCUGAGACCUCGACCGGAUAGGUUGCUCAUCGAAGAGCGGCCCCUCUAUGAGGAAGGUCCUCGACGAGCCGUCUCGGAAUCCGCGCCAAAGGAUGAAGUCGAGCGGAAUGGAGGAGGGGGGGUCAGCGAGUCGGAAGACGAGGGCCCAAGCGCGAGCAAGGUGAAGGGCUCUGGAGCACUUGCACACUCUUCAGGUGGGACGGGAGGGUCGAACGCGACCAGCACGGGCAAGAGUUCGAGUCUGAGAGAAGCCUUGAAAAGCAAGAGAUCGUACAGAAGACUGUCGGACUUUUUGUCUGCGGAUGACAAGGCUACCAAGGCGCCGAGUAUGGGAAGCAAGAGGGAUGUUUGGGUCGUCAAAUUCUCAGACGUGGAGCUGAAAUGCCAACGGGUCGGCGUGACUGCGCUUCCUAUGAACAGCACCACUGCCUUGCGUCCCUCUGGAUCGAGUAUCGGUGCGCCCGCGCCGAUCAAGGAUGAGAGCGGCCCACAAGCUUUUCCUUCAACAGAGAUGGACGAAUCGGUCGACGUGACGACGGGCUCAGAGCCCGCGGCGGAUUUUGCAGCUAGGAGCAAGGACAGCAAGGAACGAUUGAAAGCCUUGCGAAACACCACUUUGAGAGCCAAGACGCGCAACCUCUACAAAUUUGUAGGAGUUGUAGCCUGGCGCAAGGCUGCUCAGCCCUCUACGAGCGCUUUGCAGGAUGAGCUUGCCCAAGGCAUUCAAGAAGCGGAGGAAGAUGAGGAUGAGGAGGAUGAGGAUGAAGUGGGAAGUCAGGCGUCCGAGGAGACGGAGGCUGGCAUGUUGUUGGACACUGAGAGAUACGUGAGACAAUCCACCUUGAGCUUCAGCUACGCUGGCGACGAGGUCCUGCCCAGGGCGCAUUUGCCCAACGCGCACGGCCUCACACCUCUGAGACCCUCCUCGAGCAGCGUGACGAACGUUUCUGCUGCCGCUGCUGCUGCUCCGACGCACGCAUCUUCCGUGGCCGCAUUCAGGUUUGCCAGAGCUGGAGCGGCGAGCGAAAAGGUUCGACAAGCGGCGGCAGGCCACAACAUGGUCAGGGGCGACUCGCCAAAGGUCAGGCAAAAUCCGCAGCAUCCUACCCAGCAGCAAGCUUUCUUGACCGAAGCAGAAGUCGUGUCCAAAUCGCACGGCGUUGGCCGUCAAAAUAAAUUCGGAGCUCGAUUGAGAUCAUCUGAAUUGGGCUCCGCUGGAUCAGGAAUCAACAGCAGCUCCAACAAUGCGCCGCCGCCGCCGAUCUCUGUCGCUGCUGGCUCGCGAGCCGGUACUUCUCGAUCUGCUGCUGGCAUUUGCAACAGCAACGGCAACUUGCCGAGCGCCACGAGCAGCUCGAACGGACAUGCUGGAUCUUAUGGCAAGAGCUACGAAGGCGCCAUGGGAGGUGGAGGUGGAGGUGGACAUGGAGCGGAUGCUAGAUCGGUGCGCAGCGGAGGGGCAAGGUCGACGGGAAGCACGAGGGAGAGCCAGCUGAUGAUGGAGGAGAAGCCGCAUUUGACACGAGACCCAUCGAGCAUGAGCUCCGAUCUCAGAGUCGUCUCCAAGUACAUGUCCGACUGAGACGCUUUGUCCUUUCCUCUUCUCCUUUGCCCCCCCUCCAAAACGACAUACACACUCACACACGCAAACACCACAAAUGGACACAUUUGCAUGCUCUGAC